AUGUUGUCGCGAGCCUGUCUGAGAGGCUUCGGCCUGCAGUCGCUUCCCAAGAGACAGGCAUUCCAGCUAGCCCGGAGGACCGUCACAACGGACGCCGCGAGCUCGCAUGCUGAGAAAGACGAUGUCCCCGACGAAGAUGAUAAGCCUUUUCCCGUGAAGCUCUCGGAGGAGAGUUUCGAAACCUACAACCUCGACCCGCCCCCGUACACGCUCGACACAACCAAGGGGGAACUGAAAAAGAUGUACUAUGACAUGGUGGCAGUCCGUCGUAUGGAAAUGGCGGCCGACAGGCUCUACAAGGAGAAGAAGAUCCGAGGGUUCUGCCACUUGUCGACCGGGCAAGAAGCUGUCGCCGUCGGCAUUGAACACGCCAUUACUCGAGACGAUGCUGUAAUUACCGCUUACCGAUGCCACGGUUUUGCCCUUAUGCGCGGUGGCACAGUCAAAUCCAUCAUUGGUGAACUCCUUGGGCGACGAGAGGGCAUCGCCUACGGAAAAGGAGGGUCUAUGCACAUGUUCGCGCCCGGUUUUUAUGGCGGCAAUGGUAUCGUGGGAGCGCAGGUCCCAGUUGGCGCGGGUAUUGCCUUUGCGCACCAAUACAACGGCAGCAAGACUACGACAUUGGCUCUGUACGGUGAUGGCGCCUCCAACCAAGGGCAGGUCUUCGAAGCAUUCAACAUGGCCAAGCUGUGGAACUUGCCCAUUAUGUUUGGGUGCGAGAACAACAAGUACGGUAUGGGCACUUCUGCGGCUCGAUCCUCCGCCUUGACCGAGUACUACAAGCGAGGCCAAUACAUUCCCGGUUUGAAGAUCAACGCCAUGGAUGUGCUUGCUGUCAAGGCAGCAGUGCAGUAUGGCCGGGAAUACACCACCAGCGAGAAGGGACCUCUUGUGUAUGAAUACGUCACCUACAGAUACGGUGGCCACUCCAUGUCCGACCCGGGCACGACAUACCGAACCCGAGAAGAAAUCCAGCGGAUGCGGUCGACCAACGAUCCCAUUGCCGGCCUCAAACAGAAGAUCCUCGACUGGGGUGUUUGCAGCGAAGACGAGCUCAAGCAGAUUGACAAGAAGGCGAGGGAAGAUGUUGACCGUGAGGUCGCGGAGGCGGAGAAGAUGCCCGUCCCAGAGCCGACACCCAAGAUCUUGUUCGAGGAUAUCUAUGUGCGUGGCAGCGAGCCCGCAUACCUGCGCGGGCGUACACCCCACGAGAACUACUACUACUGA